AUGCUGAGGCACUUCAUUAGCCUUUAUAUCGACAACGAUCUGCUAACGGCAAUGGCAGAGCGAUGGCGCCCCGAGCUGCAUACCUUCCACUUUCCCAAGGGGAAAAUGACGAUCACCCUCAGAGACGUCGCCAUCCUCACCGGGCUGCCGGUUACUGGAGAGGCCAUCAUCGACAACUCGAGUAAACCCGAAGUUGGUUGGGGGUCGUUGAUUCUCGAUCGUUUGGGGUUCAACAUGCCGACCACAACACUCGUCGAAGGGGUUGGGCAUCCACCGCUCAAUGCGGGGCAAGUAUCGAUCCCGUGGCUUUUUGAACACAUCCAAUUGGAGGUUAAUUUUGACCCAGACACCCUGAAGAUCAGGUGGAGUGAUAUGCACGCGUCUACCUCAUUGGCUUGGUUGGUGGAUUUUUGUUCCCCGACAAGGCAAACCGGUGGAUACAAGGCAUGUGGUUGUCGUUGCUCCUCGGUGACUGGGACGAGAUCGGGAGAAAGAGUUUGGGGUCGACCUUAUUGGCUGGGAUCUACCGAGAGUUGUGCACUUGCUCAAGGUUGUGAGCGAAACAAGCUAGUGGUGCGAUGUUCAUACUCCAACUCUGGGCAUGGGAGCAUCUUCCAAUGUUCGCACCUCCAAACCCGCAGGAAUUCUAGUUGCCAAAUGAGGAGCUACGAGCUCUAA